AUGGUGUUUAACAGUGUUAAGCUUAUUGCUGCUGAGCUAAACAUGUCUGAAGCAAACGAUGACCCUCACGUCUUUGUGAUAGCAAAAUGUCUCCCUGAUGUGAUCCCACAGACUUGGAGCAUUAAGAAAGCUGGGGAGCCUCCAUUAAUAAAUGGUUGGAUACCUUUCCUUGGAAAGGCUUUGAGUUUUAUGAAAGCUCCUUCAACCUUCUUAUUGUCUCAGCAACGAAAAUUUGGAGAUGUUUUCACUAUACACCUUGCUGGUAGAUACUAUACCUUUUUCAUGGACCCAUUCCAAUUUGUUUAUAUUACACGAAAUAGCAAGCAACUUGGAUUUCAAGAAUUUGCAGAUAAAAUGAUAUGCAGAACUUUUGACGUCCCAUCUGUAUUGAGUACAAAAUUCCCGGAAAUGAAUGAAAACCUGCAUAGAAUAUACCAAUACCUACAAGGGAAGUCUUUGGACACACUUUCAGAAGACAUGAUGAAAAAUCUCCAACAAAUAUUUGAAAGGAAAUGCUCACAAGCAACAGAUUGGGAAGCAGAAAAAAUGUACAAGUUCUGCUGCUCUGUAAUGUUUGAAGCCAGUUUUAUAACACUAUAUGGAAGAGUUCCUGCUGCAGAUGGCCACAAAGUUAUUAGUGAAAUCAGAGACAAAUUUACAAAGUUUGAUGCCAACUUUCCCUAUUUAGCUUUAGGCAUACCAGUUGAGUUGCUAGGAGCUACCAAGAAGGUUCGGAAGGAGCUUAUACAUCAUUUUUCAUAUCAGAAUAUGACAAAAUGGCUGGGAGGGUCUGAAGUGAUCCAAGCCAGAAAAGAUCUAUUUGAGAAAUAUGAGCUGCUCACAGUUUAUGACAAAGCAGCACAUCAUUUUACCUUCUUGUGGGCCUCUGUGGCAAACACAAUUCCAGCUACAUUCUGGGCCAUGUAUUAUCUUCUGCGGCACCCAGAAGCUCUUGCAGUGGUGCGUGACGAAAUUGACCAUUUGCUGCAGUCAACAGGUCAAAAGAAAGGGCCUAGAUAUAACAUCCACCUCACCAGAGAACAAUUGGACAACCUGGUCUACCUAGAGAGUGCUGUAAAUGAGAGUUUACGAAUGUCCUCAUCUUCCAUCAAUCUUCGCCUCUGCCAAGAGGAUUUUAUUCUCAAGCUUGAUGGGAAUCAGGAAGCCAGUUUAAGGAAAGGAGACUUUGUAGCCCUUUACCCUCCCACUUUGCACAUGGACCCUGAGGUCUACGAAGAUCCUAAGGAGUAUAAGUUUGAUCGGUACAUAGAAAAUGGCAAGAAGAAAACUACCUUCUUCAAAAGGGGAAGAAAGCUGAAAUAUUUUCUGAUGCCUUUUGGCUCUGGAAGCACCAAGUGUCCUGGAAGGUUCUUUGCAGUUAAUGAAAUUAAGUUGUUUCUUAUUUUAUUUGCAACUCAUUUUGAUGCAGAAAUAGUGGAAAAUAAGAACCUAGGAUUUGACAACAAUCGUAUGGGGCUUGGUAUUCUCUUGCCAGACUCUGAUAUUGCCUUUCGCUACAAGCUGAAGUCUUUGGAAAAGUAAGCUAUUGUAGAUUUAACACUAAUCUAGAUUUUUGCUUUAUUUUUUCAUUCUGAAUUUUCUUUGUAUAUUUUUUCUCGUUCUGGUUUCAUCUCAGUAAGAGAAAUUGAAUAAUGAUUACCACUUAAGGGCUGGAGGAUCACAUCCACAUACACC